GAGCGUAGGCGCGAGGGUACGGUAUAUUCGGACCGUAUCAUGUGACCGUUAAGACACUGAGAGGGGUUACACUAUCUCUGAUGGCGUUACCCCUACUCCAGCACUCCCGGAUGCCGAAACUCAGUAUUCGCAGAUCAUGACAUCAAACUCUCAGGACGAUACUCAGGCGCCGUCGCCAACUCCAAGGUCGGAUGCGCAAACCGAGGAGCCAACAAGUGCAAUACCGACGGAAUCUCAUAGCAAGGAUCCGACGGAGGAUGCUAUAUCUGCAUUCCUGGCAUCGCCUACCACCAGGAGCUACUUGUGGCACUCGCCAAGCUAUACCGAGUCGCCCAGUCUGACUCCGACACUGCAAGAUGCGGCGAGUAGCAUUUAUAUCCUAUCCAGCUCAUCUUCGACGGUACAAAUGCCUAAUAGUACCAACCCAAUUCGAGUAGGACCGGGCCUGGUAAUUAUCUUAACCUCAGUAUCUUUGGCGAAGCAGCAACACGACCUUAUUACACCUACAACUCCUUCUGCCACUUCCGACCUUUCAUCCCCAGUUUCUGUCGGUCCUUCGCACACUGCAACGCCGCAGACUUCACCUAAAGACUAUUCUCUUCCGCGCCACCAGCUAAUCGUCCUUGUCAUUGGGUUCUUCAGUUUUCUCGGUCUGAUUCUCCUUGUCUAUUUCGUAGAAAGCAGGAACGCUUUCAAAAAUGGUUAAAUCGAGUACUAGGCAUCAAAGAAGGGAAAGUAGUACGGUGGAAAUUUGUUGAACGAGAUAGCUUGACCGAGGAGAAAGAACAGGAGAAGCGCGAGUGUUCCUUCA